AUGUGUGUGUGUGUGUUCGCCGCCCAGACCGGUGAUGUGUCGGGGAUCCACGACAUCUUGUUUGUGCAUCUCUCUCCCUUGAUGGAGGUGAAGUACGACCACGAUGUGCAGCAGACGAUGGUGCCGCCCAGUGAGAGGCACGACGCGCAACUUUACAACAACGACGCGAUGAACAACCGCCCAAUCCCAGAGGAGACACAACCGGCACCCCAGGAGACGCAGUCGGCACCCCAGGAGACGCAGUCGGCACCCCAGGAGACGCAGCCGGCACCCCAGGAGACGCAGCCGGCACCCCAGGAGACGCAGCCGGCACCCCAGGAGACGCAGCCGUCUACGCAACCCUCCACCGACCCCGGCCUAAUGGAGCGACAGCGAAUCGAAGAGUUGGAGAGGAAGCUAGAGGAG